GGGACCCCACCCUGCAGGCAGCCCAGCAGCCCCGCCCCCUAACACCCGCUCCCUCGCCGCGCGCCUUGGCCUUCCGCGCGGCGCGCGUCACUUCCGGGUGCGGGCGCGAGCGAGGAGAAGAUGGCGGCGCUGGGGGAGCCUGUGCGGCUGGAGAGAGACAUCUGCAGAGCUAUUGAGUUGCUGGAAAAAUUACAGAGGAGUGGAGAAAUACCACCACAAAAACUACAGGCUUUGCAAAGGGUCCUUCAAAGUGAGUUCUGUAAUGCUGUGAGAGAGGUAUAUGAGCACGUAUAUGAAACUGUGGACAUCAGCAGUAGCCCAGAAGUGAGAGCUAAUGCUACAGCAAAGGCCACAGUUGCUGCAUUUGCUGCCAGUGAAGGUCAUUCACAUCCCAGAGUUGUUGAACUGCCAAAAACAGAAGAAGGUCUUGGAUUCAACAUUAUGGGAGGCAAAGAGCAAAACUCUCCAAUCUAUAUCUCUCGAAUUAUCCCAGGCGGUAUAGCUGAUAGACAUGGGGGACUGAAACGUGGAGACCAGCUUCUUUCUGUAAACGGAGUGAGCGUUGAAGGAGAACACCAUGAAAAGGCAGUAGAACUGCUGAAAGCAGCUCAAGGAAAGGUUAAGUUAGUUGUACGUUACACACCAAAGGUCCUGGAAGAGAUGGAGUCACGAUUUGAAAAAAUGAGAUCGGCAAAACGCAGGCAACAGAACUAAUACUGUACACUGUAAUUUAUGGAGAAAAUUAUAUUCAGUUUUACAAUUAACAGUUUGAUUUGUGACCUAACAACAUGAACUGCCCUAAACUAUAAAAGAUGCUAUCCUUUGGAGGAAAAAAAAAACCUGUUGGCAAUUUUAUAAAUGCCUUCCCUAUUAACAUCGCUUAGUUCUAAAACACCCAAAUACUUCUUGAAAAAAUAGUUUACACGAGCAUUUCUAUCCAGUUGUUCUUACAGAUCUUUUGCAAAUAAAAUAUUUAACUGUCAAGACAAAUGUAUAGACUUUUUUAAAAUGCAUUUUUAAUAAGAUGUACUUUACAUUUGUAACAUUCUUUUUUCUAAAGAUUUUCAUUUGGCAUUCUUUUAAAAUUGAUGAAAGUCGUCUUCAAAACAUUUUUGUGCUUAAUGAUUAAAAAAAUCAAAGACUUUUACCUAUGAAGUGUCAGAGAAUAACAGAGUUUUGGCACUUUUCUUCUUAAAAGCAUACUGUACAUCAGCUACAUAAAGCUAAUCAUGACUUAUUGUGUAAUUGGUAAUAAGUACUGGGUUUUGUAAUUUUUGAUGAGUGCAUUGUUUUUACAUGUGUGCUAGGUCAUAACUCACUAUGAUAAAUGUUAACUUGGAAAUUUUGUUACCUCUUCUGUAAAUAAUUUACAAUGAACAUUCACUUAUAAAUGAUUUUUUAAUAAUUGACACCUAAAAAUCUGGAACAAUCAUUCCUAUAAUUUAUAUUAUUUUAUACUAAUUUUUGAGCAAUUAGAGAAGUUGUAUAUUGAUUGCUAUUCAUCUUGAUUGUAUCCAUGUCUAUUCAUAUUCAGAAAAAAGAACAGUAUAUUUAAUGCAAUGCUGAAAGAAUUUCAUAUGUAUUUCCCUGACUUUUCCACUUCUUGUUUUAAAAGGUAUUUGUCCUAACUGGGAUUUGAAUUUGUCCUAUUGCAAUCCUAUAAUUUAUAGAGAUGAGUCACACAGGAUUGGGAGUAGUUAAUACCUAAAUGAAUAAAGAUUUUCCCUUUUGUGAGACUAAACAGUGGUGUGGGAUAUCCUGGUUGACAGCUAUAGUGACCUGCAAAAGUUAACGAACCUCACAAAAUUAUCUGUAAGAUUCCAAAAGAAGAAAAAUACCGAUAACAUUGUAUUUUAACAAAAUGUGAUUUAUUAUUAGCUACUUCUAAUUUGGAGAAAUCUGAUUCUUCUGGUUUCUAGUCCAGAAUGAGCAGUAUCAUAAUAUACCAUGAAUAGAGAAUGUGGUGUUACCUGCUUUGGGGUAGGAACGAGGAAAUCUGCAGAUCAGAUGCCUCCAGAUGUGAAGUGGCUAAUGACUCCCUCAGUUGAGACGAUUACAUUUUUGAACAGCUACAUACUUCUUGGAAUCUAUCAAGUUCUGGAUUAUGCCCUUUUUUGUAAUGACGUCACCUCUUAGUAUACAUCUAGAGGUAGCUUGACAGUACACUGGGUGUCUGUUCAAUUGAAAGGCAGCUUCAAGUGCAUCCAGGGCCGGCUCCAGCAUUUCUAUCGCCCAAAGCAAAAA